AUGGGCGGCGAGAGUGGAAUGGUAGGUGUGAGUGAGGUGGGUGGAGAGAAUGAGAUGGCUGGUUGGGGUGAGGUGGGUGGUGAUAGUGGAAUGGUUGGUGAAAGUGAGGUGGGUAGUGAGAAUGAAAUGGUAGGUGUGAUUGAGAUGGGUGGUGAUAGUGGAAUGGUUGGUGAAAGUGAGGUGGGUAGUGAGAAUGAGAUGGUAGGUGUGAGUGAGAUGGGUGGUUAUAGUGGAAUGGUUGGUGAAAAUGAGGUGGGUAGUGAGAAUGAAAUGGUAGGUGUGAGUGAGGUGAGUGGUGAUAGUGGAAUGGUUGGUGAAAGUGAGGUGGGUGGUGAGAAUGAAAUAGUAUAUGUCAGUGAGAUGGGUGGUUAUAGUGGAAUGGUAAGUGAAAGUGAGGUGGGUGGUGAGAAUACGAUGGUAGGUGUGAGUGAG